GGCUCCAGGCUCCUCCACCCUCAGUGCAUGCUGACCCCCUCCACCCCGGCAUGGCCCUAGCCUAGCCCCCCCCCCCCCCUCCACCCUCCACCCUCCACCCUCCGCCCUCCGGCAUGGCGGGCUCCUUCGACAGCCACUUUGCUCGCCACAACAUGAUGUGGCAGUGCCAGCUGUCGCAGCCGGACUGCCGCUGCUACCGCGUGGACGGCUACUCGCUGCUGAAGCGCCUGCCGCUGCACCCUCUCAUAGGCCCGCGCUGCCCGCUGCAGUCCGUGGGCCAGUGGCUGGACUCCAUCGGCCUGGUGCAGUACGAGAACCACCUGUUGGCCAACGGCUUCGACAACGUCCAGUUCAUGGGCAGUAACGUGGUGGAGGACCAGGACCUGCUGGAGAUCGGCAUCCUGAACUCGGCCCACAGACAGCGCCUCCUGCAGGCCAUCCGCCUGCUGCCCCGGGUGCGGCCGGUGGGCUACGACGGGAACAACCCCACCUCGGUGGCGGAGUGGCUGGAGUCCCUGGAGCUGGGCGACUACACCAAGGCCUUCCUGCUGAGCGGCUACACCUCCAUGGAGCUGGUCCGCAAGAUCUGGGAGAUCGAGCUCAUCAACGUGUUGAAGAUCAGCCUCGUUGGACACAGGAAGCGGAUCCUGGCCUCGCUGGGGGACCGGCUCCACGAAGACACUCCUCAGAAACCUCCGAGGGCCAUUUCUCUACGGGAGCCCGGGGGAAACCACACCCCCCCCCAGCUCAGCCCGUCGGUGGGCCCGGCGGCGUUCGGCGUCCCGGGCGGCUCGCUGGACGUGCAGCACCUCAUCAUGCAGGCCGACGCCCGGCGCCGCCAGCGCAGCAGCGACAACUACUUCGAGGACGUCCCCCGGUCCAAGCUGGAGAGACAGAUGGCCCAAGUCAGCAUGGCCGGGGAGUGGUGUGAGCCCAUCACGCUCCGUCCCCCGAACGAGGCCACGUCGUCCACCCCGGUCCAGUACUGGCAGCACCACCCCGAGAAGCUCAUCUUCCAGUCCUGCGACUACGAGGCCUACUACCUGGGCUCCAUGCUGGUGAAGGAGCUGCGAGGAACCGAGUCCACUCAGGACGCCUGCGCCAAGAUGAGGAAGUCCACGGAGCAGAUGAAGAAGGUUCCCACCAUCGUGCUGUCCGUGUCCUACAAGGGCGUGAAGUUCAUCGACGCCACCAACAAGCAGAACAUCAUCGCCGAACACGAGAUCCGGAACAUCUCCUGCGCCGCUCAGGACCCGGAGGACCUGUCCACGUUCGCCUACAUCACCAAAGACCUCAAGUCCAGCCACCACUACUGCCACGUCUUCACCGCCUUCGACGUGAACCUGGCCUACGAGAUCAUCCUGACGCUGGGCCAGGCCUUCGAGGUGGCCUACCAGCUGGCCCUGCAGGCCCGGAAGAGCGGCCACGGCUCGUCCACGCUGCCCGAGAGCUUCGACAGCAAGCCCAGCAAGCCCGUCCCCAAACCCCGCGUCAACAUCCGCAAAUCCAUGGAGCAGCCGUCCAUGGACCAGAAGGGUCACGCCAACGUUCCGUGGAUCGUGGAACCGGGUCAGGAGGCCAAGAGAGGCGUCAACACCAAGGCAGUGCCGGACGCUCAUGUCUUUUACUGUGGAAUGUAGCCGCCCUAAACAUGGAGCAUGUCACACACACACGGCGCCGUGCGGCGCGGCGCGGCGCCCGCUCGCUCACGGUCUCCGCCACACUGACUAAAGGACGCCAAACACGGAAACUGCUCCUGCACAAUGUUUCCCGUGAACUCUGGACCAGCGCGCACACACACACACGCACACACACACGCACACACACACGCACACACUGGGCGGCGCUGUCGGGCCCUGGAGCCUGGCCCUCCAGAGACUGUGACGUCCGGCUGGCUCCUUCCUUUUUGCUUUUUUUCUGUUUUUCCUUCAGUUUGUUUCACGUCAGAAAAUAACCAGAGAAAUAUGCACAAGCGCGUCGGCGUGCCCGGACUAGCCGCACGGCGCUAACGGCGCUAACGGGAACAACGGCGCCGAGCGUUUGAGGAACACUAAAAAAAAAAAAAAAAAAAAAAGUAUUCUAUUGCCCGAGGUUUUAAUGUUUAAUAUGAGAGUAUUAUCCGACCAUGAUUCUGAUUCUUGUGAGAUUCUCGUCUUCUGUCGUCUUAAUGUUCCUUUAUUUUUCUAUGACAUGCUGAGAUGUAAAA